GCAGGAGCGGGGCAGCUGCCGCCGAGGGCAUUGCUUUUGUGGCAGCGGCUGAAUGACAGGCUUUGCCGACAGAGAUACACCCUCGGCCCCCGUGUAGCCGCCUUGGGUCCGGCGUUUCACCAUGCCAGCGCAGCGCCAUGAAUCCUGGAUGCAUGCUGCUGUUUGUGUUUGGCUUCGUUGGCGGGGCGGUGGUCAUUAACUCGGCUAUCUUGGUAUCUCUCUCGGUUUUGCUGCUAGUGCACUUUUCUAUUUCUACCGGUGUGCCAGCUCUGACGCAGAACCUACCAAGGAUACUCAGAAAGGAGCGUCCAAUAUCACUGGGCAUCUUCCCAUUAGCCUCAGGAGAUGCACUACUUACACCUGAAACUCAGAGAGAAGCGGGGGAAACGCCUGGGUCAGAGCACUGGAAAUUCCACGAGCUGAGCCAGCCACGGUCCCACACAAGCCUAAAGGAUGAGCUCUCUGAUGUUAGCCAAGCAGGCUCAAAAUCUACUACUCCAGCAUCCACAGCUGCUUCAGAUGUACCUGUACUGCCUGCUGAAACUCCUCAAAAGGAAGAUGUUGAAGGGCUUGCAAAGGACACAGAUAUGCCAAAUGAGAAACUGGACGUAAGCAAGAAUAUUGAAGUACAGGUGGCUCAAGAGACAAGAAACGUGUCCACUGGUGGAAAUGAAAAUGAAGAAAAAUCUGAAGUUCAAGCAAUCAUUGAGUCAACUCCAGAGUUGGACAUGGAUAAAGAUCUCAGUGGAUAUAAGGGUUCCAGCACUCCUACCAAAGGCAUAGAGAACAAAGCAUUUGACCGUAAUACAGAGUCACUCUUCGAAGAGCUGUCAUCUGCUGGUUCUGGCCUAAUUGGAGAUGUGGAUGAAGGUGCAGAUUUACUGGGAAUGGGUCGUGAGGUUGAAAACCUUAUUUUGGAAAACACUCAGCUGUUGGAGACAAAAAAUGCACUGAAUGUAGUGAAGAAUGAUUUGAUAGCAAAGGUGGAUGAAUUGACCUGUGAGAAGCAUGUACUACAAGGUGAAUUAGAGGCUGUAAAACAAGCAAAACAAAAGCUUGAAGAGAAGAAUAAAGAACUGGAAGAAGAGCUAAGAAAAGCUCGUGCAGAAGCAGAGGAAGCAAGACAGAAAGCUAAAGAGGAUGAUGAUAGUGAUGUCCCCACUGCUCAGCGGAAGCGUUUUACUCGUGUUGAAAUGGCCCGUGUUCUGAUGGAAAGAAAUCAAUAUAAAGAGAGGUUGAUGGAGCUUCAGGAAGCUGUCCGAUGGACUGAGAUGAUAAGAGCAUCAAGAGAAAAUCCAGCCAUGCAAGAAAAGAAGAGAUCAAGCAUUUGGCAGUUUUUUAGCAGGCUCUUCAGUUCAUCAAGCAAUACAGCUAAGAAACCAGAACCUCCUGUCAAUGUUAAAUACAACGCUCCAACCUCGCAUAUUACUCCAUCAGUCAAGAAAAGAAGCAGCACCUUAUCUCAAUUACCGAGUGACAAAUCUAAAGCCUUUGAAUUCCUCAGUGAAGAAACUGAAGCCAGUUUAGCCUCACGCAGAGAGCAGAAGAGAGAGCAGUAUCGCCAAGUGAAAGCACAUGUUCAGAAAGAGGAUGGUAGAGUGCAAGCAUUUGGCUGGAGUCUACCUCAGAAGUACAAACAGGUGGCAAAUGGUGGCCAGGGUGACAAUAAAAUGAAGAACUUGCCUGUACCUGUUUACCUGAGACCUUUAGAUGAGAAGGAUACCUCUAUGAAGCUGUGGUGUGCUGUAGGAGUAAAUCUAUCAGGAGGGAAAACAAGAGAUGGUGGGUCCGUGGUUGGUGCUAGUGUAUUCUACAAUGAUGUGACUGGUAUGGACGCAGACGGCAACAAGCAGCAAACAGGAUCUCAAAGUAGCUUAGAUAGACUAGACCAAGAGCUCAAGGACCAGCAGAAGGAGCUGAAACAUCAGGAAGAAUUAUCCAGUCUGGUUUGGAUCUGUACUAGCACACAUUCUGCUACAAAAGUUAUCAUUAUUGAUGCUAAUCAACCAGGAAAUAUUCUGGACAGUUUCAUUGUUUGCAAUUCUCAUGUGCUUUGUAUUGCUAGUGUACCAGGGGCAAGGGAAACAGACUAUCCUGCAGGAGAAGAAGGGUCUCAAGAAGCAGAUCCCAAUCAAGUGGACAAGUCAUCUCUGUGUGGAAGUAUGACUAGCAACAGCUCUGCAGAAACUGAUAGCUUGCUAGGAGGAAUAACAGUGGUUGGCUGUACUGCAGAGGGUAUCACAGGAGCGCCUGUAGCUCAUGAUGCAAACGGUGGCUCACCAAUGACAGAUAAACAGUCAGAUAUUGCAACUGAAAGUAAUUCAGUAGAUGAGAACAUUCCAACAGCAGAGGAGGCAACAGAAGCAACAGAAGUCAAUGCAGGGACAGGAGAAGACACAGCUGAUAUUGCACAAACUGGAGUCUACACAGAGCAUGUCUUUACAGAUCCUUUGGGAGUGCAGAAUACAACAGAAGCGUCUCCAGUGUACCAGCCUAGUACUGAGUCAGAGUUAUAUAAAGACAUUGCAGUUUUGCCAAAUGAGCAAGAUCUAGUGAGAGAAGAAGCACAGAAAAUGAGUAGCCUUUUACCGACAAUGUGGCUUGGAGCACAGAAUGGAUGCCUAUAUGUUCAUUCGUCAGUGGCGCAGUGGAGGAAAUGUGUUCAUGCCAUUAAACUUAAAGAUUCUAUUCUCAGUAUUGUACAUGUAAAAGGAAUAGUAUUAGUUGCACUAGCUGAUGGAACACUGGCAAUAUUUCACCGAGGAGUUGAUGGUCAGUGGGAUUUAACAAACUACCACCUCUUAGACCUGGGCCGGCCACAUCAUUCGAUAAGAUGUAUGACAGUGGUACAUGACAAAGUCUGGUGUGGCUACAGGAACAAAAUCUAUGUUGUUCAACCAAAGGCCAUGAAAAUAGAGAAGUCAUUUGAUGCACACCCAAGAAGAGAAAGCCAAGUGAGACAGCUGGCAUGGGUGGGUGAUGGGGUAUGGGUGUCUAUUCGUUUGGACUCCACCCUGCGUCUCUAUCAUGCGCACACAUAUCAGCAUCUACAAGAUGUGGACAUUGAACCUUAUGUAAGCAAAAUGCUAGGUACUGGUAAACUGGGAUUCUCAUUUGUGAGAAUCACAGCUCUUAUGGUGUCUUGUAAUCGUUUAUGGGUAGGAACAGGAAAUGGUGUCAUCAUCUCCAUUCCAUUAACAGAAACUGUAAUCCUCCACCAGGGACGUUUACUGGGGCUGAGGGCUAAUAAAGCAGCAGCAGGCUCCGGAAACCGUCCGGGGAGUGUAAUACGUGUAUAUGGUGAUGAAAACAGCGACAAAGUGACUCCGGGAACAUUCAUACCAUAUUGUUCAAUGGCACACGCACAGCUUUGCUUCCAUGGACACCGUGAUGCUGUUAAAUUCUUUGUCGCAGUACCUGGUCAGGUUGUUUGCCCACAGAACAGUGGUGGAACAGAGGUAACAGCUGAUAAACUGGCCCAAGAGUCCUUCAACCAGAGUCCCUUAAAAUCAAUGUUGGUGAUAAGCGGUGGAGAAGGCUAUAUUGACUUCAGAAUGGGUGAUGAAGGUGGAGAAUCUGAACUCCUUGGAGAAGCUCUACAACUUGAACCUUCUGUAGCCAAAGCUGAGAGGAGUCACUUGAUAGUGUGGCAAGUAAUGUGUGGCAGCGAGUGAGCCUGUACGAUGCAGCUGGAGACCUUAAAAAAAAAAAGCUUCUGCAUGUUUUUUUAUUUUAUGAAACCUGUUUCACUACAUGAUGUUGAAGUAUUUCUUUGCUGUUUAACUUUAUAUUGCAAAUCUGUCAUACCUUUAACUAUACAGGAAUUAGCUUGUGCUGUUUUACUGCACCUGUGUUACAUGGAACAGUAUAAUGAAAUCAGAUCUUUUUAAAAACUGGUGCGCACACCAUGGUAAACAACUGAGACAUUACUUUUACUGUACCACAGCAAUCUAAUGUAUUUCACUUCUUUGGUAGUCUCACUUGAGUUCAGCUUUAUUACAACUGAGCUUCAUUUCACUGUAUAAUGUAUUGAGUAAAACAGCAAAGUUAUUUCCAGAAUAUUAAAAAAUUGGCAAAUUAUAAGAUGGAUUAUUAAGACUCAUCCAAAUAUUCAGUGAGGGCUAAAGUAAACUGUAAAUUU